AUGGCUUACAUCUUGAUUGGAGCACAUCGCCUUACUGUUCUGCCUGAGAAGACCUACACACAGGUCGUUGAAAACUCCUUCAAGUUGUCAAUGGCAGCUCUGGAUGAGAAUGUUAAGCCCGGUCGUUCAUCGGUCCGAGUCACUGUGGAUAAAAAGACAUUUGUCCUUUGUUCUUUGAUUUCUGGAAAGGUCGAGCAGCAGACCUUGGAUUUAGUCUUUACUGAGGGCGAGGCGAUUACCUUCUCCGUCUCUGGCGAAAACCCUGUUCACCUCUCUGGAAACUACCUUCCCGAAGAUGAGGAUAUGGGCUUCGAUGACGAUGACGAUGACGAGGCUGAUAUGUUUGAUGAUGAAGAUGGAGAUGAGGAUGAGAUGGAUGACGAGGAGGAUGAGGAUGAGGAUGAGGAUGAGGAUGAGAAUGAGGAUGAGGAUGAGGAAGAGCAGGAGCAGGAUGAGAAUGUCAUUGUCACUAAGGGCGCAAAGCGUGUCGCCAAAUUUGAAGAGUCCACCAAAAAGCAGACCGUCCCUGAGAAGAAGCAGAAAGUCUCGGAGGAUAAAGCUCUGCCUGUAAGUAAGGAGGAACCUAAGAAGGAGACACCGAAAAAGAAGGAGGAAGCUAAGAAGAAGGAGGAAGCUAAGAAGGAGGAAGCUAAGAAGAAGGAGGAGCCUAAGAAAGACGCGGCUAAGAAAGAGCCCAAAAAGGAUAACAAAAAGGUCCUUGCCAAUGGUUUAAUCAUCGAAGACAUCAAAAUUGGUACUGGCAUGGCUGCGAAGUCGGGAAAAAAGAUCGGCAUGCGCUACAUUGGUCGCCUCACCAAUGGCAAAGUUUUUGACAAGAACACAAGCGGAAAGCCAUUCAACUUCAAUUUAGGUCGCGGCGAGGUUAUCAAGGGCUGGGACCUUGGCAUUCAAGGUAUGCAGCUAGGCGGUGAACGUCGAUUGACUAUCCCCCCUGCUCUCGCUUAUGGUUCCCAGGGUGCCCCCCCAGAUAUCCCUCGUAAUGCUACCUUGGUCUUUGAAGUCAAGUUAGUCACCUUAAAGUAAAAAUUCGCAUCGGCAUGCCUUUAUUUAUUAUAUUUUCUACUCAUGUCAUUUUGUCAUUGUUCAAAUAAAUCCAGCAUCCCAUCAUGAUCGGC